UGCAUGCAUGUGCAUGCGUAUGAGAUCCUCAAAUAUGAGAUCUUCGAAAAUAUCGUGCUUAGUGGUUGGUUGUAAACAACAAAUUCAACGAAAGCCGUCAAGUGGUUCGAUCCCACUACAAAUGAUUGAAAAAAAAAGAAAGAAACGAAAUAUUUAUGUUUAUAGGACAGAUUUACCAACGCAUGCGCCUGUCGACUGUUCACCGGCCAUUAGCAACGACAUACCCGCAACGCGAGCAGAAACAGAAGAAGAAGCGCGUAGUUGUUGGUUUGGCAGCGCCGGGCGGUACCGUUUGUACCGUUGCGUUUGUUCGAAUGACAAAGCGAAAAGUGUCGGUCGACAUUGUUCCGAUAAAACAUUCGAUCGCGAACGAUCGUUGGUCGGAUUUCCACGGAGAAUAUUUCGGCGCGCGUUACGUCCUCGGUUAGAAGAUCGGUAGGAGACAUCGUACCAGACGUCCUGCCAGCGAAGCGAUCGCUUCCUCCGUUCGAAUGCCUCAAACCCGUUCGCGUAAAAUGAAGAGAAGACUGAUUCUGUGCGUCGUUUGUGCUAUCGUACUGGUCGUUAUUGUGAUUUCGACGAAUGGCGAUUUCAUUCAACGCGUGUCGCUUCUCGUGGACCUCGGCGAUCCCAACGAUGUCACGUGUUACUAUGAAAAUAACGCAGCGAACUUUCUUCCGAAUUAUUAUUCGGGAUCAGACGCCGAAGAGCCGAGGAACGACAGAAAUAUUUUUUUCCACGAGACAUCCUGCUUCAACGAAGAUAGCCUGAUUCUGAACGCACGCCAGGCGUGCGCCGUUGAAUCCGCAGCCAAGAUGAAUCCGAACAUGAAAGUGUAUCUAUUCUUUCUAUCCGCCGCGAGAACCUCCAAUCAGUCGAGAGAUAUCUUCGAUCUUUUACAGACUUAUCCGAACAUUAAGAUCAAGCAUAUUUACCCCGAGGAGUACGUAAAAGAUACACCAUUGGAAUUGUGGUACAAGAGCGGCAUGCUGCGAACGAGUCAAUGGCCAAGGAGUCACAUGUCGGACAUGCUCAGAUAUCUCACCCUUUGGAAAUACGGAGGGAUAUAUCUCGAUCUCGAUGUCAUCGUUACAACAUCGCUGGAGCGUUUAACGAACUUCGCCGGAGCUGAAGACUGGGACGACGUUGCCGCUGGCGUGAUGGGAUUCGAUAUGUCGUCGCUGGGUCGUCGCAUGGCCGACGCCUGUAUUCGUGAUUUUAAGACGAACUUCCGCGGUUACGAUUGGGGAAACAAUGGACCUGGCGUGAUCACAAGGACUCUGCAAAAUAUUUGUUCUACGAAAUACGCUCGAGAUAUGACCACCGCUCGCUGCCACGGCUUUAAAGUAUUCCCUCCGACGGCGUUUUAUCCGAUUCACUACAAAAACUGGAAAAUGUACUUCGAGACGAAGGAUAAGAAUGCGACAAUGAAGAUGUUGGAAAGAGCCAUGGCCAUUCACGUUUGGAACAAGCUUAGUAAAUCCGAAGAAGUCCGGGUGAACAGCGACGUUCCUUACGCCGUCAUCGCGCGGAGACAUUGUCCGAUCGUUUUUAAUAAUUGCGGGACGGUAUUUUAAAUAAUUGGAAAUGAAAGUUACCGUAAGAUAACUUUGAGUCUACGACUAGACUAGACGGAAGACUACGGGGAGAGUGAACUAUUUUUUGGUUACGUGACCAAUUCGGGAAACGAUGACUUAUUCUUCGGGACAAUAUUAGUUAAAUCUUCGCUAAGCUAGUCGAUAGGUUUUAACAAAAGGAAAAUAUUGGUUCGGCCGAAAUACGUACGAAGAUGUUUAGAUCUUUAGGAAAGUGAUGAAAAUUUAUAAAACAUAUCGUAGGGAAUUAUGCGUAUAAUUAUACAUAAUGAUAUUAUUUUUUCAUUGUAAGCAUUGUUAAUUCAUCACGCGAUGAUUAGUAUUUUAUCAAUGUUGUCGAUUAUUUAUUCCGUUUUGAAUAUUUAGUACUUUUGCACCAAGUUUGCAGACUGAGGCCAAAUUAGUUGUUUGAACGAAAUUAAAAUUGUAGUAGGUCGAAAAUUUAUCGAAGACCUUGCAACUGUGAUAAUAUCUAAGACCAAGUUCUAUAAGAAAAAACGAAAGCAAUGGAAACGUGUAUAGUAGAGACUAGAGAUAUACAUACGUAUACAUUAUGUAUUACGUCGACGGUUACGCGUUCUUUGGCGUCGACGUUGCUAAUUGCUACUUGGAACUGCUACAAACAGUAUUAACCGAUUCCGUCGCCAGACUUUACGUUUACGUUUACGAUAAUUCCUCGUUAGACAUUGAACAUUUUCUUCACCGUAACCGUGCUAACUAUGGACUUUUCAACCCAAAUUCUGCCCUAGCUUGCAUCUGACUAUCGUUCACAUUUUAAUGUUACAUAUUACCUUCGUAUCAAAUUCGAACGCAUAGUGCCAUAAAUUAAAAUGCAGAUGUUGUUAGAAUGAAUCGUCUUUGGCUGUGCAUUACAUUAUACGUUUUCACAAAUACAUUGAUUAACUGUGGAUUAAUUAUGCAAUAGAAUGUUAGAUAGGUGUCUAAUUGAGUAAAACUACAGGUAAGAAGUGUAUGUAUAUCAUUGCAAACAUAAGACUUAUUCUAUUAUAAUGUGACUAAUUCAAUCUGUACAGGUAGUAGACCAAUCUGUAUAGAUUCUUAUUGUUAGCUUGUCAUUUUAGAAAACCAUUUCAACAUUUUCCUAGCAUUGUAGAUGUACCUUGUCAGAGGUCCGAGGACAUCUUAGUAAGUAUUCUAUCAGUAUUGGAAGAGUAUUAGCGAACAACUAUAUCUAUAUUUUAUCAAUAUGGUAUCAUAUAGAGUCUAAAUCAUAUUUGCAUUGCUCCUUGGACCUCUUUGCAAAGAUAACACCUGUAUAUAAUUAUCCUAAAUAAUUAGGACUCAGAAAGUCUGUGGCAAAAGAUUUAAAAAUUUUAUUUAAAAAGACAGAUGUGUUGAGAAGUAAACGGCAUAUCAAAAGUCUGUAAUUUAUUUAUGCAUUAAAACUUAUAUGUCUACACGAUGAAACGUUCCAGAAAGUAAAACUAUUUAAGCAUUGAAUGUAAAAAGAGAAAAUAAAUGUGUUGCAAAAUGCAAAUAUGCAUUUCCAUAUACUAAAUUACUAUUGGAAUGAAAUAUCAAAUUAAUAAUGAUAAAUUAAGAACGUCUAGUUAUAUCUCGACUGUAAUGUUUUAUUUAAAUUUGGGUGCAGUAAUGUAAGACCUACUUUGAUAUACUUUGCAUAGAUUGCCUUGCAAGUACUUGAUUUUUAUAUGAAAUCGGUGUAAGUUUUAGUGGAAGUAUUUGCUCAAAAAUAGUAUAAAUAAAAACGUGUUUAGCGAUCGCAUGCAAAACAAUUUUAUACCAGAGAUAUACUUAAUUUGUAAAUAAAAAUUUACAAUAUGUAAGAAUUGCGACAGGAAGAUUAUUUUUAAAUUGUUUUCAAAUUAAUGCGAAAUUAAUGUGAAAAAACGUUUCGUAAGACGAUUUUUAGAUUGCGUAAAAUUUAAUCAUUGGUAUCCGUACAUUAAAUAAUAGUACAAUUACGUUUCGAUUUUACAAGAUAUCGUUACGUGACAUGUGUGUAUAACCAUAAGAGCUUUGUAUACUGUUUUUGAAUGUUCAUGUUCGUUUGUAUAUAAAAACAAAAUUUCUUUAAA